AUUAGUUGGGAUAAUUCACCAACAUAUUUCACAGAUCCAAGAGAAUCAUUCCCAUUGGUUGAAAGGACAUUAUGGUUGUAUUGAAGAUCUCAUCCCUACUUGCAGUCUUUGCCUUGGUGGCUUGCCAGAUGCAUAGCUCACAAGCAGUACCAGUCAGACCCGGUUUGGACUCAAUAACAGACCGGGCAGCAGUUAGUGAUUAUGAAGCCAGAAGAUUACUGAAUGCUUUGGUCAAAGAGUUUGUUCAGAUGACAGCUGAAGAGCUUGAACAGGAAAAUGAGGGCAACAGCAGCAGUGUGACAGCACAGAAAAGAGGGUGCAAUACAGCGACUUGUGUCACACAUCGCCUGGCGGAUUUUCUCAGCAGGUCAGGAGGAAUGGGUAAAAACAAUUUUGUGCCAACCAACGUUGGAUCCAAAGCAUUUGGCAGGCGAAGAAGAAGUCUUCACAUCUAAUCUUAGAAAUGACAUCAGGAAUAUGAUUGCCAUGAAAUGAGACGUCUACUUUCUUCCAAAAAUUUCAAGAAGGCCAAAACGAAACAAAAGAAAAAAAAAAAAAUAGAAAAAAAACUAUUUUGCAUUCUUCUAAUACAUAAACUCAUUAUUUUUUUUAAACAUUGCUAGAGCACUUCUGUUAUGUAUUAUGUAAAAAAGAGAUAAUUAUUGCAAUUAAAUUAUUAUAUAUUCUUUUUAUAUUAUAUUUCAAAAUAAAAUGUGAUCGCAUCUAUUGAUUAUUUAUCUUUUGGCAUAUGUGCAAUGUGAUCCAUGCUGCUUAUCAUGGCAACUAGUCUGAAAAUCUCGGGGAUUAUAAAACAAAUUGAUGCCCUUGGAGGCAUAUCUGUAACAUAUAGUGUGCUGUGCCUUGAUGUAAGAUUGAAAUAACAUGAUUGUACAGUAUGUUAAAAAAGAAAAAAAAAAUCCUUCAACAUUGUAUCAAUUGUGAAUUUCAGCAAGAUUAAAAAAAGUAUUUUAGA